AUUUAUCUACCGAACAAAAGUUACCCUUUUAUAAUCCUCCUCCUUGAAUUUCACAUCAAAAGACAUGGAUUUUCACAGCAUCGCAGCUCUGCUGACAGCUUCCACCGUUCCCAACUCUUUGGCAAAGGGAAAGCUCCUUCACGCCAAAUCAAUCUCCAUCGGACUGCAGCAAAGUUUCCAGCUUUGUAAAACUCUCAUCAAUUUCUACGUCUUCUUCCGCCUUUUUGAUUCUGCUCGACUGGUUCUCGAAACUAUCAACAACCCCCUGGACAUUUUCCUGUGGAAUUCCCUCAUUGCGGUGUGUUCCAAAAAUCAGAUGCACAGAGAAGCCAUUGGGAUUUACGAUAAGUGUUUUCUAUUUGCUUAUGUUAAGCCUGAUUGUUACACUUUUCCGAGUGUUCUUAAGGCUUGUGGUGGACUGGGUGAUGGGAGGAAGGGGAGGAUGAUUCACACCCAUUUGUUGAAAUUAGGGUUUGGUUAUGAUGUAGUGGUUUCGAGCUCUCUUGUUGGGAUGUAUGCGAAAUGCGGGUCUUUACGUUCUGCAGUUAAGUUGUUUGAGGAAAUGCCUGAGAGAGAUGUUGCUUGUUGGAACAAUGUUAUAUCCUGCUACUAUCAAGAUGGCCAAGCUUUGAAAGCUCUUGAGAUGUUUGAUAAAAUGUUGAGUUUUGGCUAUAAGCCAGAUUCUGUGACCUUCUCCAUGGUUUUCUCGGCCUGCGCGAGGCUUCUGGAUUUGGAGAUGGGGAAGAGGAUGCAUGAAGAGUUGGUGAAGAGUGAUUAUGAGAUGGAUGGAUUUGUCAGGGCUGCUAUUGUUGACAUGUAUGGAAAAUGUGGGUGUUUGGAGAGUGCAAGAGAAGCAUUCGAUCAAAUGCCUGUUAAGAGUGUUGUCGCCUUUAACUCAAUGAUAAAUGGGUAUGGUCUGCAAGGUGAUUGGAAUUCAUGCUUUGAGCUUUUUCUUAGGAUGAAAAGCGAAGGAAUUAGGCCUACUUCGAGCACUAUAAGCAGCUUGUUAAUGGCAUGCUCGAGAACUUCAGCUAUAUGGCAGGGAAAAUACGUGCAUGGAUAUGUGCUGCGAAACCAAAUUGAGCUAGAUAUUUUUGUUGCCACAUCGCUCGUCGAUUUUUACUUUAAAUGUGGAGAGUUUAGGUACUCUGAGUUUAUCUUCCAAAAAACUCAAAAAAAUAAUGUAGUUUUGUGGAAUGUUAUGAUUUCAGGUUAUGUAACAUUGGGCUAUUUUUUUGAAGCUCUUGAUGUUUUUCAUGAUAUGAAGCUCUAUGAUGUGAAGCCAGACGCCAUUACUUUUACUAGCUGUUUAUCUGCGUGUGCUCAAUUAACCGCCCUGCAGAAAGGGAGAGAGAUCCACGAACAAAUUCGUAGUAGUAAUUUUGAAUCUAACGAAAUUGUUAUGUGCGUGCUUGUUGAAUUAUAUGCCAAAUGUGGUGUGGUCAGAGAAGCACGGGCCGUUUUCGACAAGUUAUCAAUCAAAGACACCGUGUCGUGGACAUCGAUGAUUAUGGCUUAUGGCUCCAAUGGCCGGACAAUCGAAGCUUUGGAGCUUUAUGAAGAAAUGCAGAAGAGGAAGGUGAGACCUGACAGAGUUACAUUUUUGGCUCUAAUGUCCGCCUGUAGUCAUGGAGGAAUGGUUGAUGAGGGUAUCUAUUAUUUCUAUCACAUGAAAUCUAAAUAUGGAAUUGAACCGGGUUCGGAACAUUAUUCGUGCCUCAUAGAUCUUCUUGGACGCUUGGGGAAGUUGGAAGAAGCUUACGAGAUACUUCGGAGCGUGCCCGUUUUAAAAUUAGAUGCGGGUUUGUUAGGCUCAUUUUUCUCUGCUUGUAUUUUACAUGGGAACUUGGAUUUAGGAGAGGAAGCUGCCAGGCUUCUUUUAGGUAUCGAGCCGAAUGAUCAUUCUACAUAUGUAGCUCUAUCAAAUAUGUAUGCUUCCGCUGGAAGAUGGGACGAGGUGCGCAAAGUGAGAGCCAGAAUAAAGGAGAAAGGAUUAAGGAAGAAUCCUGGAUGUAGCUGGAUUGAAAUAAACAAGAAGAUUUACCAGUUCUUUGUGGAAGAUUACUCUCAUCAACAAAUGGAGUUGAUAUGUGAAUGUUUAGAGAAUCUUUCAAUUCACAUGGAGGAUAAGUUUGAUCCACAAGAGUAGAAGGCUCGAUGGUUGAAGCAUUAAAGGAUGUGUAGGAAAUUAACAUCACCUAUUUGAUUGAUGGUGGUUGUGAUGACAUCAAAUGGAAGAUCGGUUCAAUUUUUUUAUUGAAGGAUAAUUUUUCUGAUACACAAAACAAGCAAGUUAUUGCACGAAGCUAGAAACUGCUUCAUCGCGCCAUGUUUGUGAAGAAGAAAUGAGCAGAAUCUCAGUUCUCAAGUCUCUCAAAUGGUAAAUUAUGUUUUUUUUUUUUUG